UUGGGCCCGCCUCCAACUACUACGUGUUCCCUCUCACCGGCGCGGAGGACUCUGGGAAACCGAGUCCACGCUCUGAAUAAUUCAUGCUCCCAUUUCUUCUCCUCUACCGCUAACAAGAUGCCGGCCGUACAUCACAAACUGCUUCUGGAGGAGGCUUUACAGGACAGUCCUCAGACUCGCUCCUUGCUCAGUGUGUUUGAGGAAGAUGCUGGGAUGCUCACAACCUACACCAACCAGCUGCUACAAUCUUUGCAGCGGGUGUUUGGAGCCCAGAGUGAGAUGGGAUUGGCCACAGAGCAGCUUUCACAGCAGCUUCUGGAAUAUGAGAAGAAAAACUUUGCCCUUGGAAAAGGUGAUGAAGAGGUAAUCACCACGCUGCAGAGCUUCGCCAAAACUGUAGGGGAGCUGAACUCGCUCCACUCAGAGCUAGCCAACCAGAUGGCGGACAGCAUGGUUUUCCCAUUGAUCCAGUUCCGAGAAAAAGACCUUACAGAGAUAAGCACUCUGAAGGAAAUAUUCGGCAUCGCCACUGAUGAGCAUGAGGCAGCUAUGGUCAAAUACAGCCGAUUGCCCAAGAAGAGGGAGAAUGAGAAGCUGAAGUCAGACAUGGUGAAGGAGGUGGCCUACACUAGGAGGAAGCAGCACCAGGCCUCACUGCAGUAUUACUGCGCCCUCAAUGCCCUGCAGUAUCGCAAGAGAGUAGCUAUGCUUGAACCUAUGCUAGGCUACACACAGGCACAGAUCAGCUUCUUCAAGAAAGGCAUUGAACUGGUGUCAAAGAAGAUGGACUGCUUUCUCGCCUCUGUGUCCACCAUGACACAAAAUAUCCAGGCCCAGCUGGACGCAGAGGCGGAGACCAUGCGUAUGGCCCAGAGGGAGCUUCUGUCUGUAGAGGACACCGUCUAUAUGCCAGAUAAGGACACUGAGCCUGUCAAUCGUACGCUUAUCCAGAAGGCUGGCUACCUCAACAUUAGGAAUAAAACAGGCCUAGUGACCACAGCCUGGGACCGACUGUACUUCUUCACCCAGGGAGGGAACCUCAUGUGUCAGCCACGUGGGGCGGUGGCUGGAGGCAUGGUGCUUGACCUGGACAAUAGUUCUGUCAUGGCUGUGGAGUGCGAAGACAGACGCUACUGUUUCCAGAUAACAUCUCCGUCAGGCAAAACGUCAAUGAUUCUGCAAGCAGAGAGCAAGAGGGAAUAUGAAGAAUGGAUUUGCACUGUGAACAACAUCUCCAGACAGAUCUACCUGACUGACAACCCAGAGGCUGUGGCUAUCCGAUUGAACCAAACCGCCAUCCAGGCAGUCACCCCCAUCACUAGCUUUGAGAAAAGACCAGAAGGCUCACCCAACCCUGACAGGUCAGGCAUGCUGCUUGUAGCAAAGCCAGGAGGUGUACUCGCUGGUGGUUCCCAGACAGGGGCAGCUCCAGAACCAGAGGAUCUGAUAGCGCCUGGGACACCGAUUCAGUUUGACAUCAUGCUGCCAGCCUCUGAGUUUCUGGACCAGAACAGGGCUGGGGGGAGACGCACAAAUCCAUUUGGAGAAACGGAUGACGACUGUUCAGCAGAAAGUGAUGACUCCCUCCUGCAGCAAGUAUUCGCCGUGCGCUUUCUGGGCUCAAUGGCAGUGCGCUGUGGCAACAACCAGGAAGUCAUCUAUGAGGCGAUGAGACAGGUGCUGGCUGCCCGAGCCAUACACAACAUCUUCAGGACCACCGAGUCCCACCUCAUGGUCACCAGCAGUAGCCUCAGGUUGAUCGACCCUCAGACGCAAGUUACAAGAAUAAGUUUCCAGCUCCGAGAGGUGUGCCAGUUUGCAGCCCACCAGGAAAACGGGAGGCUGAUGGGAUUUGUGGUGGAGGGCAGAGACUGGAGUGACGGAGACGAGGAGGGAGAGCCCUCGUUUAGCGCCUUCGUCUUUGAGAGCAACACAGAGGGCGAAAAGAUAUGUUACACCAUAAGUUUGGCAAAGGACAUCACAGAAGCCAAGAAGGACCCAGAGGCCCUAGCUCAGCUGAUGAAGAACAUGCCUCUCACCAAUGAUGGCAAAUUCUUGCUGCUGGAGCCUGAGGAGGGCGACACGACCAACGGAGCAGGACAAGAAGACCUGGAGUCUGAGGCCUAGCCCCGCUUAGGACCAAAAUAAAUAAAUAAACCACCAAGACUUAGGCCACAACUUUUCCCCAGGAGAGAGGGCUUUCCUUGGAUGAAGGCAUCAUCAUGACCCCCUAGCCCUAACUCUGGUACUGUACAUCCAUAUUAGAGAGUGUAGUUCACUUCCAUUCACCCUGUGUUACUAGAUUUUUUGCUGUAAUGAAAGCAGAAGAUGUGAGCAGGGGGCUUGCCUUGACCAGUGCAAAAAGCACAUCUCAUUGGUGCUCCAUUAGAUCUGCUUUCCUACGGUCAGACAUGUAGCAUGGGUUUGAUUUGGAAUUGUUUUUAACGCCGCUGUCGGUGGUACUUACUUCAAAAGGGACACUAUAUAGGUACUGAUUGUGUUUUAUUGUCUUCUAAUAUCCCCAGCCAUGUAACAGAAGGUGGUGAAUCAUGUACUUCAGUUUAGGUUUACAUUCUUUUUUGGGUUUACAUAGUUUUGGGUGUGGAGAGUUCAUUCCUUUAUGUUGUUUUACACGUGUUUGAAAUGUUCUUAUGCAACUACUUUGGCGGUUAUUUCUUGUUUUUGUGUACAAAAAAGUUAAUGCACUUCCGAGGAUAAUAUCUGUUUAAUAACUCUUGAUGGCUACAGAAUGCACCUACUGAGAAAUUUGAAGGAUCCUACACUUUUAUAGACAUGAAGGACUUAAAAAUGGGUUAAACUCAAGCCAGCUCCCUAUAUCUUCAGAGCAAUGGCGGUUGCAUUGCUUGUUAGUAUCGUUACUAUGUCAGCAUGACUGUUGAAGCAGUGGACACAAUUGGCUUUUUACUUCCACAUUUUCCACAUUUUUCUCCACUACCUGUACAAGACAAGUCUUAAGAUGAUCUGUAUUCCGUAUGAGGUCCUCUUUGAGAAGCCCAAAUACACUUAGUGAAAUUAAAAAGCAAGUUGCGUUUAAUUUCCUGUAAGCCUUUGUAAAUAUGAACUGUCUGAGUGUCUAUAUGAUGUUUUAAUCAGAGUUGGCUGAAUUAAAAGCUUCCAGAUUCAGUACACUAGGA